GUGCGGAGCGUGUCAGCGUCCAUGGCUGGAUGGAUCUGAUGGCCUGCGAAACAAGUACAUCUUCUCUCGCUGCUUCGCUGUCCAAACAUUUUUCUUUCCACUUCUCCAGCUUCACGCGCGCGUAAACAUUCAUCGCAUCCACAGAGGUUUUCUUGAAACAUCCAUCCGGAGAAGGUCGACUCGUAUCUCGAGAGAAAGCAAUCAUGCCGAAGACCGCUGUCUUCACCACCAUUACGCCGUUGCCGGCGGGCAUCACAAGAAAGAGUGUGCUCGACAUGUACCGCGAUCAUCUAGCCAUGAUCGAUUUAAACCCAUUGGUUGUGGAACGGUUCAAGUGCAGGCCACCUAGCUAUGCGCCAACCGACGAGUACUGGUCGAUGUGGUAUACCAUCAAAGACAAGGUCUCAUAUCUACCGGGUGGCCUCGCGACAGGUUCUGUAUCCUACCACGCUUGCUUCAACGAUACAGCGGAAGGUCUCAACACACACGUGUACGCGCCGCUUGGUCUCGAUAUCCAAGGGAAGUGGACCGUGGGAGGAAGACUGCCUGGCGAGCCAAAGCCUCCGGCCGAGCCUGGCCUCAAGACUCCAAGACACGGACUGUAUAUCCGGGAAGAUGUCAAGAUGACCUGUUCAUCACUACUAUUAAGCUUUGUCAAGAGGACAUUCAAAGACUCACACGGCAAGCUUGUGGACAAACUGGUCGAGAGAGCGCACAUCCUGGAGUCAAACUUCGCGAACGAGAGGUUACAGGCACUUCGAAAUGUCGCACCUGGGGAGCGAAUGGGACACGGAGACAUCUUCAUUGCGCCACCACCAGACUACGACUACCAGCCUUCUCCCAGACACCUGCAGGUCCCUUCCCCUCGUUUCGUAUCACACACGCGAAGCCAAAGCGACCCGGUACUUUCUCCUGGCUUUUCUUCUUCCUCGACGCUCAAUGGUUCCAACGACAACUCCCCUAACUCAAAAGACCGCCCGAUGUCCUUCACCUUCGUACGCGAAGAGAGGGAGGUAGCUUCCUCCGCACCCGAGCAAGGCUCCUUCCUGCUACCAGCGACGACAUACGAUGGCGGCUUUUCACAAGUGCGUGAGCGAUCGCAAUCUUUGUUCCCUGGUAAUGCCCCGGACGAAGACCUUGAGCGCAUCUACUCCGAGCGCAUGAUCUCUCUGGCACCGCUGAGUCCGACUCAAUCACCGGAAGACUGGACCCCAGAGUACCCACCAAGGGUCUCAUACACACCUCAAGAGCGUCCCAUCUCCUUCACAUUUCCUUUCGACCCGAAGCACCCUUUUGACCGCAAGUCGACAUCUGAGACGUCGCAAUCGGACCAACAGAACCUUCUCGAUGAUAUUGACGACGCGAUUGACGAAUUCAUGUACACUUUACCCGCAACCACAUACAAGACGCUACCAGCGACUACGUACGACCCCAAACCGGCUGCCGAACCCACACUCUCCAGCGCAACAUACAACCCAGAACCGACGCUUUCCAGCACUACCUACAAACCAGAGCCAAUACUGUCGAGUGCGACCUACGACCCAAGGCACGCGCGAAAGGACUCCGUCAUGCCGUCGCAGUCUUACGCCGACGAACCACCACCAGUGCCGCUGAAGGACGACAAGUACAGGAAGGGUAGCAUCAGGGGAUAGGAUGAGACAAGGCAGCUGGUGAUGUUUGAUGACCUUUUUGUACAACAUUACUUCUGCUUCGAUAUUUUGAUUUGGGAAAAGCGUUUUUUGGUGUUUAAGCGUUUGGAUUUUACAUAUACCCUCAUGUAUCAGGCUACCGGAUAGGCUGGAUGGAGUACCUUGCACCCUUUUGUACAAAACAAAUCAUGACGGCGGAAACGCAACUUUACAAUAUCGCUCUUCCAUCGCCCAACUUGACGUGA